UUCUCGGAGUGAAGCCAAUGAGGGCCGGGCUCCGGGGGGCGGGCCGCACGGCGGUGGCGGCUGCCGGGGGCGGCGGCGGUGGCGGAGAACUGGGGAGGCGGCGGCCUGGCUUGGCCUGGCCUGCCCUGUCAAGGCGCGGGUGGCGGCGGCUCCAGCACCAUGUCCCUGCAGUACGGGGCGGAGGAGGCGCCCCUCGCCGGCAGCUACGGCGCGGCGGAUUCGUUCCCAAAGGACUUCGGCUACGGCGUGGAGGAGGAGGAAGAGGAGACGGCAGCCGCGGGCGGCGGGGUUGGGGCGGGGGCCGGCGGAGGUUGUGGCCCGGGGGGAGCUGACAGCUCCAAGCCGAGGAUACUGCUCAUGGGGCUCCGGCGCAGCGGCAAGUCCUCCAUCCAGAAGGUGGUUUUUCAUAAAAUGUCACCCAACGAGACCCUCUUUUUGGAAAGUACCAACAAGAUUUAUAAAGAUGACAUUUCCAAUAGCUCCUUUGUGAAUUUCCAAAUAUGGGAUUUUCCUGGGCAAAUGGACUUUUUUGACCCAACUUUUGACUACGAGAUGAUCUUCAGGGGAACAGGAGCAUUGAUAUAUGUCAUUGAUGCACAGGAUGACUACAUGGAGGCUUUAACAAGACUUCACAUUACUGUUUCUAAAGCCUACAAAGUUAACCCAGACAUGAAUUUUGAGGUUUUUAUUCACAAAGUUGAUGGUCUGUCUGAUGAUCACAAAAUAGAAACACAGAGGGACAUUCAUCAAAGGGCCAAUGAUGACCUUGCAGAUGCUGGGCUAGAAAAACUCCACCUUAGCUUUUAUUUGACUAGUAUCUAUGACCAUUCAAUAUUUGAAGCCUUUAGUAAGGUGGUGCAGAAACUCAUUCCACAACUGCCGACCUUGGAAAACCUAUUAAAUAUUUUUAUAUCAAAUUCAGGUAUUGAAAAAGCUUUUCUCUUUGAUGUUGUCAGCAAAAUCUACAUUGCAACAGACAGUUCUCCUGUGGAUAUGCAAUCUUACGAACUUUGCUGUGACAUGAUUGAUGUUGUAAUUGAUGUGUCUUGUAUAUAUGGGUUAAAGGAAGAUGGCAGUGGAAGUGCUUAUGACAAAGAAUCUAUGGCAAUUAUCAAGCUGAAUAAUACAACUGUCCUUUAUUUAAAGGAAGUGACUAAAUUUUUGGCACUGGUCUGCAUUCUUAGGGAAGAAAGUUUUGAACGAAAAGGUUUAAUAGACUACAACUUCCAUUGUUUCCGGAAGGCUAUUCAUGAGGUUUUUGAGGUGGGUGUGACUUCUCACAGGGGCUGUGGUCACCAGACCAGUGCCCCCAGCCUGAAAGCAUUGACACACAAUGGCACGCCGCGCAACGCCAUCUAGCCUGGCCGUCGAGCCUGAAUUCCAGCGGUCGGGGCUCUGUGCCAGCUUCCUCUCCACUCCAGGGUCAGAUGCCACAUGCUACAGGACAUGGGAGUUGCCGCUUGUGAGAAUCUGGUGCCUGUUCCACUGCGGACAAGGGGGAGAGGUUCUCAUUUGGAAGAAAACCCCUUCAACCAGUGGUGUACAACUGAAGAUACUAUUUCUUUUUUUAACAAACAAACAAAAAAGGGCAAAAAAAGAAUUCUAGGUAUCACAGAACUCAAGUGUGCAUUUCUCCGCUUUGGGGGUCCUCCUUUAAAUAGUUGGGACAUUUUGGACCUGGAGAUCACCCAUCUUUACCAGGGGUUGUUGUCAUUUACCAGUUGAAAAUAAUAGAAAGAACUGAGUUUUUAUAUGCUUAAGUUUUCAUUUUGAGUAGUCUCUAAGAAUCCUGCCUUGCUUAAGUUCUAACACUGCCUCUCAGAUUUCAGUUUUGGACAUUGCAUACUUAAGACCUGUUAAAUGUAUGUACUUGCUAACUCAGAGACUCGGGCUCUGACUGCAACAAAGGACAUGCCUGCAUUUGUUACUGAAGAAAUGAGAAACUUUUAUGCUUCAUCAGGUCAAGCGCAAGGGUCAACAGUGGCUACCGCAUUAGUGCCCUUGGAAGUAGUGAGGAGAAAAAUUUUAAAACAGAAGAAAAUUAUUGCACAUGUGUUUUGGGUACCAGGUGUCCGGGUUCUUUCCCCUGCGUAAGAUAAAUGAUCAUGUCAGUGGAGCAAAGGGAAUUUAAAAAAUUGUUUUCUCUAUAAUCUCCUCCUCCUAGGGGCGGAGCUCAUUAUGCUCUUCAAAUACUUAACUCCUUUUUCUUUAAACCUGAUACCAGCCGUUAGAUACCUUUUAUUCUAAGCUGUCUAAUUCCUUUAAGUACUGCUGUAGUGACCAUGAAUGACCCUAAGGCACUGGUGGGCUGUCCCCUGGGAUUUGGAGAGAGCACAUGGCGCCACACAUGUGUUAUUAAGCAUACUUCAGUUCAUCUCCAGUAUUCUGACACCAAGUGUCAACUGUGGUACUUUCUUCGUCCAGGUUAAUUCACAAUUGUUUCUUUUUGUUGAUGGUUGAUACCCUUUCCGUUGAUUUAAACUUAAACAUUAUUUUUACUCCACAUGCCCAGUAGUCAUAUAUUCCAAAGCCACUGGACCACUUGAGUACAUAAGUGCCACUGUUUAAUGAAAUAUGUACAUUCAGGUCUGUAACCCUGACAGUGCGACCUGGAGUGCUUUCUGCAGAUGACUGACUGCUGAGUAUUUACAUGGACCAUGGAGAUAUCCAAAAGAAAGGCUUUUAUAUUUAUAGAUUAUUUCAUUGAAGUAUAUAAAAUGGGUAUCAAUAAAUGUAUUUACACCAAAAU